UUCCCACCGAGCGGCGAGCGAACGCCGACAACCUGUUCCGGGCACGGCCGUACGGCGAAUGGCUACUAGCUGCUGGCUAAGACUAAUAUUGUUCGCUGCCGUCGGUCCGUCGCUCGACGUUUCCGUCUGUCACAUUGUACGCGGUACGCACAGCGAAAACGCGAUUCGCCGUGGUAGUGCACCGAGAGUGCCCAGUGCAACGUGACUCCGUGCGCAGCGUACGCCGCUCAGAACGUGAUCGCGACGACGGCCACCGCGCGCCAUUGCAGCAGCAGCAGUAGUAGUAAACGGCAAUCGUGUUUGAGAACCGGCAAUUCUUCUAACACGUCCAUCGUUUUUUCCGUUUACGACACGGUUUAUUUUUUAAAUUUUUUUUUAUUCUGUCUCCAGUACAAUAAUUAAUUACAAAGCGAUUUAAUACUGAUACUAGGCCGUGUGUUGUUAUUGUUGUAAGAAUACAAAAAAAUAUCAAUCCGUCGGCCCCCGGCGCAGUGUCCGCUAGAGUGCGUGUAACAUAAUUCCUUUGUUUACCUGUUCGCACUUAUCCCCUGCCGACCCUGCAGGCCGGAACCACUCAGCAGCUGAUAUCUCAGGAGUUUGUAUCAAUAUUUUGCCAUCAUAACUAAUAAUAAUAAUUUAAAACAAUAAAACACGCACGCUCGCACAAAAUCUGCGUUCUCCGUCAUCCGUCCAACGGCCGCUGUGUCCUUCGACCCCUCUCCUUCCCCCCCUCCCCACCGGGAACGUGUACUCAUCGCGAGUUUUAACUAUUUGACUCUAAAUAGGCAGACAACUCGAACUCGACGUCGGCCCGACAUGUGUCCGCGAGUGUAACGACCGACCGACGGGGAUACCCGCGAGUAUAAUACCGCAGCGUGCGUGUCGUGUUCGUCGGCCACCGCGAUGUCCAGYGGCGGCCGGUGGGUGGUGUGCGUGGCUCUGCUGUUGCAGUUGGCCGCGCGGUCCGAGRGCAACUGGCUGAAGAACUUCGCCAAGCCAAAGCCGCAGCUCAGGCUCAUGGAAGGCGUCACCGAGCAUUUGCACAACGUCAUGCCGUACGAGCAGGUGCAGUUCAGCAGCCCGAACGUGUCCACGGCGUACAUCAGCACCACCAAGUUCCAGGCGGCCGGCAUGGGACAUUUGUACUUCAUCACCAACAAGUUCAUUCAAUACAUACUGAGCGACCAGGCUUUCCCCGAAGGAUUCAUCGAUGUCGAAGGCGAUAAUACAAUUCAAAUAGAUUAUUUGUCUCACGAAUGGCCGAUAUUGGUAAGCCAUUACUGGGCAAGUGCUACCGUGUUGGUUGCCGGAUUGGUGUUCGCUGUUUUAAUGCCGCUGAUUGGUCUGACUUUAUGCUGUUGCCGUUGCACUGGAGGUUGUGGCUCCCGGUCUCAACCAUUUGACGCCAAAUACGAUUCUUGCAAGAGACAGUUUUAUGGCAUGAUACUAGCUGGGCUUACUAUACUAAUAUCAUUUGGCGUUGUUUGUACAUUUGUGAGUAAUGAAUAUUUAGAAGACGGUGUUAAUGAGUUACCAACAAAUAUUAAGAAAUCUUUAAAUGAUACCAGACUAUUUAUAAAUAAUACAAAAAAAGAAGUUGAUAAUCUAUUAGUUGUGAACUUUGACGAGUUGGAAGAAACACUAUCAAAUAUAUUGGAAGCUAGCGGUGAAAUUGUAAAAAAAAAACUUGGUGAAGUUUCUAAAGCAUCAGUUUUAUCYAAUUUAACUGCUGUYGUAAAUGGACUGGGGCUCAUCAAACAAGAUCUUUCUAAUGUUGAUUCAUUAACUCGUCAAUUACAGGAAACAGCUUUGCAAUUAGAUGCUGCUUUAAAGGAAUGCCGAUCAAUUAUUAUGAAAAAAUUGGARUCAUGUCGUUUUGAACGUACUUGUCGUGAUAUUUUAAAUCGUUUUAAUAUCCAGGAUCUUUCUUUGGAAGCAAACUUUAGUCAGAUAUUAGACAAUGAUCUUCCAAAGUUGCCAAAUGUAACAGCUACCCUGAAGAAUAUAUCUGAUUUUAUUACCGCUGACAUUGAAGAAGAAGUCAUGAAGGGUCAGCAACAGUUUGAAAAGGUGAAAACAAUUAUACAGAAUGCUGUCAAUGAUAAUAUCCCAGAAAUAAAACUAAAUAUUCGAAAAGUUGGAAAUGCAAUCAAAGAAAAUUGUGUAAAAGUGGAUAGAGUUCUAGAUCGUGUAGAUUCUACUAUUGCCAACUCAUAUUCUCCAACAGAACAAGGAGAAGGCGUAUUAAAAGAAUUUUCACCUUAUCGGUAUUAUGUUUGUUUGGGUGUAGCUAUUACRCUAUUUUUGAUUUUGAUGUGUCUAACUCUUGGAUUAUUCUGUGGAUUUUGUGGUAGCCGACCAGAAGGUGGAUAUCAUCAAGAUGAUUGUUGUAAUAAAGGAACAGGCGCUUCUUAUUUGAUGAUGGCUGUAUGGUUAAUGUUUUUAUCAUCUGCAUUUUUGAUGAUCAUUGCUUUGUUUUAUUUUGUUACUGGUGUAACUACUGAUCGUAUUAUAUGUGAACCAUUGCAAAACCCUACACCUUCGAGGGUUUUAAACAUAGUAAAUCGUCUGUAUGAUGUGUCUGCAAUACAUAAAUUAGAUACCCAACAGAAACCUUAUGUAAGGCCGACUCCAAGCAAUACUGAUUUUAAUAUUAGUUCUAUAAUUCGAGAUUGCCAUCGUAACAUGAGUUUGUUCCAAGUUUUAAAAAUGGAGAGACUGAUUGAUCUGAACAAAGUUUUAGAAUAUCCUACUUCUUUUGGUAUCGAUGAACAUAUUGAUCAAUUAGUAUCAAAAAUAAAAUUAGAAGGAGAAAUUGUAAUUUUGACUCCUGAGGCAGAGAAACAAUUGAUAAAGUUGUCUAAAUCACCUCUAUCCAGUAUCAAUUUUCCAGCAUACACCCAUGUUCUUGGUGAAAAAAUAACAUCAAUUGAUUUGGUUCAACUUGCUGAUGCACUAAACCAAACAGCAUCUCAAUUGCCAAUGUCAAAAUCAGAGGUUAAAUUUUCCCUGACCAACCAAGCAAUGUAUUUAAAAGUACAUCAGGGACAACAAGUGGCAUUGAUGUUAGAUAUAAGUCAACGAUUAGAAUCCACUGCUAAUCAGCUUCAAGAACAUUUACGUUUUAAUCAUUCUUCAUUACGGCAUGCUGUUGAACAUCUUCUGAUUGAAGUUGAACAAGCUCAAAAAUAUUUAUAUAAUGAAGGGCCAACAAUUGUGACAAAAUUAGCAAAAGAAUUCGGAGAAGAAUUUAACAAACACAUUGAUCAAUAUUUACAAAGAAUCGUAAACCAAAUUAGAGAAGAUGUUGGUAAAUGCUGGCCUAUGUCACAGGCUUAUAAUGCUACUAUUGUUGCUGGAUGCCAAAAAAUACUUAAUCCUUAUAAUGGUUUUUGGAUGAGUGUCGGCAUUUGUUCAAUUCUCUUCAUGCCCAUUAUAAUUCUUUGUGUGAAAUUGGCUUCYCUAUACCAGAAAUCAGAUCCUUACCCAGGGCCAUUAGUGGAAGCAGAAUACUUAUAUGAUGCAUACACAGACCGUGAAAAUAUUCCAUUAGCAAGCUCAAACAACAAGAAAAAAAACGCACGAAAUAAACCACGUAAAAAAGUGACUACUGCUCCAUGUGGAAAUCGAUCAUCAAAUAUACCUAUUGGCUAYGAGAAUAUGUCCAACCCAGAAAUUGCUGUUAACACAUCAGCUAACGAAAGUCGUCAUCCUGGACAUGGCGGUUCAGUUGAUUAUAGUGCACAUCUUGGACGAGCUAACAUUGUAGUGCCUACUACAAGCCCUUCAGGUGGCAUACCUGAAGYACAGCCUAAGCCUACCUGGGACUUCCCAAAUGGUGGACCACCUCAUUAUCAAAAUCCGAUCUCAUCUGAAUAUGAACGCCCACCGCCAUAUUACUAUCCUGGCCCUUCUGGACCACCAGGGUAA